AUGACAGGCUCCACUAAGAACGACCUGCAUGUCCUCAUUGCCGGCGCCGGCACAAGUGGUCUGCUUGUAGCUCAGGGUCUGAAAAAGAACGGCAUUGCCUUCACCAUCUUUGAAUCUGAGUCAAGCACAACAUAUCAGACGCGGCCCCGAGAAUGGGGCAUGACCCUCCAUUGGGGCUCGUCCCAUAUCGCCUCCUGCCUCCCUGACGAGCUCACUGCCCGUUUCAACGAAACCUAUGCCGAUCCGUCUCUGAAACCUGACGCUGUGACCGGGCUGCCCAUCCACAAUGGCAAGACCGGAGACCUGAUCAUGGAGAUGGGCGCCGAAAAGCCGAUGCGGGUCAGCCGAAAGAAAAUGCGUAACUUGUUCAGCGAGGGCAUUGACGUGCAGUACGGCAAGCAGGUUGUACGUGCCUACGUAAUCGACGACGCUUCGUCGCCGGACAACGGACGAGUCAAGGUCGAGUUCAAGGACGGCGAGCAUGCCGUGGGCGAUGUGGCUGUUGGCACUGACGGAGCGAAGUCGCUGUUCAGGGAGUCAAUCGUCGGCUACGAAGACGCGCAGCUGACGACCGUCCCCGUGAACCUUAUCAAUUUUCCCUACAAGUUCAACGCGGAGCUAGCCCUGCAGAUACGGGCGUAUAACAAGAUCUUCCUCAACAGCAUCCAUCCUGAUCACGGAACUAUGUAUUGGUUGUCGAUUAUGGACGUGCCCGACACUAACAAGCCCGAGACUUGGAGCUUCCAGGUCAUGCAGAGCUGGAACGACAAGACGACGCCCCCUUCUGCCGACUUAACCACCAAUGAGGGCCGUCUGAAGUUCUUCAAGGCACGCUGCGAGGAAUAUGCCGAACCCUGGCGCUCAGUUGGCCGCGCCGUCGCGGACGGUACGACAAUCCCCAUGGACAAACUGACCUAUUGGGAGAAAUCGAAGAAGUGGGAUAACAGAGGAGGAAGAAUGACGCUAUGUGGAGAUGCCGCUCAUCCCAUGACCCCUCGUAAGUUUUCGCGUUCCUGCGUUACCACAGUCUACGGGACCCUGGACCCCCACACCCCAGAUCUUAUCACUGAUACAAUCCAUUCUGCAGAUCGCGGCCAAGGCUUGAAUAAUGCUCUGCAGGACGCUUCCAAUUUCGUUAGCACGAUUGUGUCAGUAUCCAAGGGCUCGGCACCACUCGCCGAGGCCGUCCAAGCAUACGACGACGAGGUUCUCGAGAGAGGCCAAACAGAGAUGGAGAUCUCGCUGAAACAGUCUUACUUCAUCCACGACUGGGAAACACUCAUGCAGAGCCCGAUGAUAAAGAUUGGUAUGCGCCAAGUCAAGAAGGGCGAGGUAUAG